AUGUCUGGAAACCAGAACACCACAAAUGCAAGCCUUUGUGAUCCUGAACCAGGAAGUUGGACCUUCACUCUGGUUCCAUCCUACAUCCUGGCCAUCAGUGUGCUUGGAAUCAUCUUUAAUGUGUUUGUGCUGAUGGUUCUUUGCCUCCACAAGAAGGCCUGCACCGUGGCUGAGAUCUACUUGAGCAACCUGGCUGGAGCAGAUCUUGCUCUGGUGUGCUGUUUGCCCUUCUGGGCUGACUAUGUAGCAAAGCGCUAUUACUGGGCUUUCAGUGAAAGCCUGUGCAAAGUGGUAACUGCCAUAAUAAAAAUGAAUGCAUUCUGCAGUAUUUACUUCCUUGUUCUGGUUAGCAUAGAUCGUUAUGUGGCACUGGUGCACCCGCUGUCUCAUCAUAGCACAUGUAACCCCUAUUAUGCCAAACUAGGAUGUCUGUUUGUGUGGGUUCUUGGCUUGGUCUUUGCUCUCCCUGCAUUCAUCUACAGGACAUUACUUCAUUAUAGUCAAUGCAGCCUUGACUUCAAUAAAGAUCAACUUCUAGUGUAUGAGGUAAUGACUGCAGUCUUCAGCUUCAUAACUCCUGUUUUGAUUAUUUCCUUCUGCACUCUAAAGAUUAUUCAAGCACUGAGAAAUCGGCUGGAGGGUUUAAACACUCAGAGAACAGAGCAAAGGGCCACCACACUCAUCCUGGCAGUUCUUUUGGCAUUCCUGAUCUGCUGGGGGCCAUUCCACUUGAGCAGGAUACUAGAUGUCCUUGAAAGACUUGGGAUUCUGAGGUGUCACAUCGUACUGAUCAUCUACAAACACAUUUCUUUAUACUUAGCCUUCUUCAACAGUAUCCUUAACCCUAUUCUCUAUGUUGUCAUUGGGAAAAACUUUCAGAAAAAAGCAAAGGAACUCUUCAAACAGUGGAAAUAUAAAGGAACAUGCUCCUCACAACACCACGGGCCCAUUCUUCAGGAGUUUGUAGAGUGGUGUGACAGCUCCAAACUUGAAUUGAACGUGAACAAAACCAAAGAGAUGGUGGUGACCUUCUCCAGUAGGCAGAUGGAUCUGGUUGCUUCAGUCAUCACCACCAUCCACGGGAAUCCAGUGGAGGUAGUUGAGGAGUACAAAUACCUGGGAACCAUCUUUGACAACCUCCUGAAAUUCUCUCCCAACACAGAGGAGAUUCUCAGGAGGUGCCAACAAUGGCUAUACCUCCUUAGGAAACUCAACUCCUUUGGAGUCAGCACACCCACCAUGAUGACUUUUUUACUAUGCCUUCCUGGAAAGCAUGACCUUCUCCAUCACCUGUUGGUUCCACUCCCUCAGCCUUCAGAACAAGAACAGACUGCAGCACACUGCAUCACCCUGCGACAGACUGGCGACCUGUCCAGGGUGUACCCUGCUUCUCGCCUUAAGACAACUGGGAUAGGCUCCAGCCCCCUGCGACCCUGA